AGCUUGCGUAAGGAUGCAAGAAGCAAGGUAUCCAGUUUCCUUUUCCCUCGGAUCCCACUUUCGUUUCGCUUAAAGAUGGGACUUAAGUUGAAGACUGCAAGAGAGAAAUUAGGUGUCAUUGCUGGGGAGAAAAGCAAGUUCCACUUGACACAGGGUGUGGGAGAAGUAACGACUCUGAGGAAUGAGAACAGACAAACCAGCUCCCUCGUGAACGAAUCGGAAGUAUUGGGUAGAGUAUAUGAGAAAGAGAAGUUGGUUAGUAUGUUACUUUGCGAUGCGAGUCACCAUGAUGAUCUCUCUGUUUAUGCAAUCUGCGGCAUGGGAGGUCUUGGAAAGACCACACUUUCUCAGUUGGUAUACAAUGACGAAAAUGUGGCAAAAGCCUUUGAUUUGAGAGUUUGGGUGUAUGUAUCGGAUGAUUUAAAUAUUAAAAGGUUGACUCAAGCCAUUCUGGAAUCCAUUGAAGGGAACUCGUGCAACAUCCAAGAGCUAGAUCCCCUGCAGCAGCGCUUAGUUGAAAAGCUUGUAAGGAAACGAUUUUUACUUGCACUGGAUAAUGUGUGGAAUGAAUGCCCUGACAAGUGGGAUGUCCUGAAGCAACCGCUAUGGAGAGGAAAAAGAGAAAGCACGGUCGUUAUCACUACUCGAGCUGAGAAAAUUACUCUAAUGACGGCCGGAGAUAUUCUUCAUCGCUUGCGAUGCUUGUCAAAUGAUGAUUCCUGGUCUUUGUUCAAGCAAAAGGCCUUUGGGAGGGGAAUAAAUGAGGGUAAUGUGAUCCUGGAAAUAAUUGGGAGGGAAAUAGUGCGGAGAUGUGGAGGUGUAUCACUGGCAAUUAAGGCCUUAUGAAACAUAUUGCGUUUCAAAAGUUAGGAAAGUGAAUGGUUGCUUGUAAAGACAGUGGGAUAUGGGAUUUGGACAAUGAG